AUGUACCCCCUCACCACGUCGCUGGGUCUCCAAAGUCCUUCUUUCAACCUCUCUUCUUUCCCAUUAUCUAUCUAUCAGUUUAUUUGCUUGGCAUCAUUUAUUUCUCUUGAAAUACUCUUUCUUCGCAAUAAUUCAGUUAUUCAGUUUUUUUUCCCCUUUGUCAGUUACUAUUUUUUUUUUCUAAAUGUGUCUUCUUCGUCUUUUCGUUCAGCUUCGCUUUUCGUUAACAUCAUUUGUUCCCCUCCUUCUUUCAAGUUUUCAAUCUGUUCCGGCCUGACCCCUUUGCGAUUUAUAAACCAGACAAUCUCGCUCUUCCUUCAGCCUCUCUCUCUCUCUAAGCCCAAAGCAAGGAAGCGUACUUCUUUAUUGAUGCGUGUGAUUAUUCUGUUGAAAAAAUAUAGAAACCUUAAGUCGACAUUUCGUGGUUGCACCCAGAAAGAUGAGAAGUCUUAUACAAACGAACAUAGGCAUCCAAAUAGACAUACAUGA